UUAUGAGUACAACGAAACGUUUUUGACAGAACCAUGUGACUAAAAGUGACAGCGUCAUAUUCAGCUGUUAGCUGCUGUUAGUUUGCUGACGUCAAUGUCAAAACAAGAAUUUAUUUUUGUACGUCCUACUUAGUUUUUAAAUGAAUAAGAGUACAAUAAAACAGUGAAAAUUAGGUUAAUUACGUUUAAAAUACAUUGUUGUAUCAAAUCUAAGUCAUGAGUGAUAACAAGGCUUCGUUGCGGAUAGACUGGUUCGACGGAACCCUGAUUGAAGACGCCAGGCCUAAUAGCUCCGCAGCAACAUCAGAGUUUGCUGAUGAAGAGCCUCCGGAACCAAAGGUUACCCCCAGACCGCAGUACACAGAGAAAAAACCAAUCGGAUUCAAGAGACUACUUGACAUCUCUACAUUAAGCCCUCCAAUUUUAAAUUUAGAAGUCUCCCAUAGACCAGGCUUCUGGAAUCUACUCGACGAAGAAGAACUAAAAGGAGACUUCAUAGUUUUAAUUGUGAAGAUAUUAGCAAACGUAUACAAGACCUUGGAGCCCGGUGAAAAUUCAAAAAUAGUAAAACUUUUAAGAACUCGGUUUCAAAAUUCAAACUUCUUGGUCAAUAUUAAAAACUAUUUAGAUGAGUUACCUAGUGUGAGGAUUGUCGAAAAGAGGUUGAAUUCACAGUUGUGGGAUGAUGCGGAAUCAUUUUAUGUUAAUAUCUUGUCACUGUGUGAAGGGAUAAUGAUCUUUGAGAGUGAUAAUGUUGAAUUUAUAAAGGAAAUACUUGAUUUAUUGGAGUUAACUGAAGUCAGUGCUAUUGGUGUUAGAGAGGAGCACACUGAACGGUUCAGUAAUGACUUGUUCCUAAAGAUUGAGGACUUGAAGUCAAGGGCUAUGAGAUUAUUGAAGGAUGAGGAUCUGAAUGAAGUUGGUACUGCAAACAUAGCACCACAAGAAACUCAAAACCAAGACAAAAAUUACUUCAAAAAUCUAAACAUAUUUCCAACACAGGAUGAUUUACUUUCAGUCAACAAAGUUCCUAUACAACCGAAUAUUGUUAACGGUGCCUACGCAACUAUAGAACAUUAUCUAGACUUACAAUUCAAGCUGUUAAGAGAAGAUUGUUUUGGACCCCUACGGGAAGGAAUAUGUAAAUACUUGGAGAAUCCGUCUAAAAGGCGGCAUGAGAAUAUUAGAGUAUACCCAAAAGUACGUGUUCUCCGUAACUACGUGAGCAACAACCGCGUAGGCCAUCUAGUGGACAUAGCUUGGAAGGAGCGCCUGAGCAACAGUACAGUCGACUUCAAAAGAUACGCGAACAACAAGCAGCUGAUGUUCGGGUCGCUAUUGCUCUUCACCAGUGACAAGUUUGAAACUAUUUUGUGUGCGACUGUACUUGAUUCUAGUUUGAGCUUGCUAAGUGAAGGUUAUAUAGCCGUAUCAUUUCAAAACCCAACAUCGAGGAACAUAUUCUCCGAAGCGUACCUGAUGGUGGAAAGCGAAGUGUUCUUCGAGCCCUACCACAGAGUACUGAAGGUUUUACAGCAGUCUAGAAUAGAUGAUCUGCCUAUGAAGAAGUAUAUUGUUGAUGUUCAGAAACAAUCAAGCCCUCCCACUUAUUUAACGAACGAAACGAUUUACACUUUACCUUAUAACUCUGAAGAAAUCCCUUUCCCAGUAUUAGAUACAGAACAAUGGCCUGAUCAGUACUUCGGCCUCGACAACUCCCAAUUAGAAGCCUACAAGUUCGCUCUAACACGAGAAUUCGCCGUAAUCCAAGGCCCGCCAGGUACCGGUAAAACGUACAUAGGGGUGAAAAUCGCAUCCACUCUACUAAGGAAUUUAGCACUCGAAGGCACCCCGAUGUUAAUCAUUUGCUACACGAAUCACGCCCUAGAUCAGUUCCUAGAAGGCAUCUUAAGUGUCACUAACAGUAUAGUGAGAUUAGGCAGCCAGAGCAAAAGUCCUUUGCUAGAAAAAUUCACGCUUCACAAUUUAAGGACGAAAAUCAAGUCGAAAUAUUCUUACUUGUACGCGAGUAAGAGAAAUGAGUUGGAGAAAAUAUUCAAAGAAAUGACUGAAGUACAAGGUGAGAUUGAGAAAUGUGAAAGAGAAAUCGUUUCGUACAAAACAUUGAAACCACACCUAAAAGUUGGUGAUAAGAACUAUGAACUAAAGAGUUGUAAAGACGAUAGCAUACUUCCCUGGCUUUUUGGUCAUUUGGAGGAAGAUUUAGAACUUCUAGAAGUUGAUGAACCCAAUGAUUCUGAUUUAAUCGAAGAGGACUGGGAGAAACUAGAUGAUCUAGCUCUUACAGAAGAAAUCGAAACUUGCUUCUCUGAGAAAUGGGCGUUGACAGAAAUAGAAUCGAUGUUGAAUAGUAUUAAAUAUGUUAAAGAUAUUACUGACAAUCACUUGGAAGGGCAGAAGAUGACAGAAAAGUUUGAGAUGCAGAUCAAAAGAGUUAGGAAGAGAUUAGAUUGUUUUAAGAAAUACAGAGUUUUACAGAACAGCAAACAAGAACAAAACAUAGAAAUAAGUAAAGACUUGUACAGUUUGAACCCUGAACAAAGAUGGCGGGUGUAUUACGCCGCUGUGGAAUCUAUAAAGAACCAAUUACUGGCUAAAAUGAAUAAUUUGUUGGAGCAACACAACACAACAAAUCAAGAAUUAAAUGAAGUGGCAACCUUGAUUGACGGUGAAGUAAUGAGGACCGUCAGAGUGGUGGGGGUGACCACCACCACCGCCGCCAGGAGACACGACCUCAUGAGGAAGCUGCUGUCACCUAUAGUGAUCGUCGAAGAAGCGGCUGAAGUAUUAGAAGCACAUAUCGUUGCGUCUUUAACUCAUCGAUGUGAACACCUUAUACUUAUUGGUGACCACAAACAGCUUCGUCCUACAGCCGCCCACUACAAGUUAGCCAGAGACUUUAACCUUGAAGUAUCGCUCUUUGAACGCAUGAUCCGCAACGGUGUCCACGCUAGGACCCUGACUACACAACGCAGAAUGAGGCCUGACUUCGUACAGUUGAUAGUACCGGCUGUAUAUGAGAGGCUGGACUCCCAUACCAGUGUUUAUACGUACCCCGAUGUGAAAGGGAUGCGGGAUAACUUGUUUUUCUAUACACAUGAGGUUUAUGAAGAUUCUGAGGGUAUGGAAGACAGUUGGAGUCACAGGAACACUUGGGAGGCUAAGUGGUGCGUCGCCCUGGCGAACUACCUUCGGCGCUUGGAGUACAAGCCUGAAGAGAUCACGAUACUCGCCACUUACACCGGCCAAGUGUCUCUCAUAAAGGAUCUUACUAGAAAAUACAGUCUUCUCCGAGACGUUAAAAUAACAGCAGUUGACAACUACCAAGGAGAAGAGAACAGGAUAGUGAUAUUAUCACUCGUAAGGAGUAACAGAGACAACAAGAUUGGAUUCCUGAACGCUCCUAACAGAAUCUGUGUUGCUUUGUCCCGAGCUAAAGAAGGUUUCUACAUAUUCGGAAACAUGAAUGUACUAAAAUCAGCCAGCAGUAUAUGGAGACAGAUCAAUCAGAAACUUGUAGAACAAAAUGCAAUAGGAACUAAAAUAAACCUGACGUGUACGAAACAUAAAGGAAAUACCCUUGAGAUUAAAAGCAUAGACGAAAUAGACAAUUGUCUGGCAGAAUCAUGUCUAAGGAGUUGCGAAAUGAAAUGAAAAAAUUAAUUUAUACUUUUUUAUUUAACAUUGUGAAUUACAAUAAUUUUGUUAGUAAAUAAAUAAU